GGAAGUGCGGGAGUUGUUUUAUGGCCAAAAAUUCUUCCUGACGGCUGUUCUCCUGUGAAUUGAGCUACUAUAAGCGAAUCAGGCAGACAUAUGCUUCUGUUUUCGAGUUCAAAAUAUAGAUUUUUCGAUUUAAGCGCGAAUAUUAAACAAUCAAAUAGCGCAUGCACUUGUUUUUGAAGGCCACUUGGUAAAAGGUAUCAGAGCGACAGAGAACCGCGCAGCCACCUGUAGCUAGCUGAGCGCAGCUGUCAAUCAAUCAGGUGAUCUAUGAUCGAGCAGCAGUGACAGCAAACGUCCAUCAGACAUGAGCUUCUUCGGCUUCGGGCAGAGCGCUGACAUCGACAUCGUGUUAAAUGACGCCGAGACCAGGAAGAAAGCUGAGCACAAGACCGAAGAUGGGAAAAAGGACAAAUAUUUCCUAUUCUAUGACGGCGAGACUGUAAAUGGGAAAGUUAAUGUGACUCUCAAAACUCCUGGAAAGAGGCUGGAGCACUAUGGGAUCAAAAUCGAGUUUGUCGGGCAGAUUGAGCUGUACUAUGACAGAGGGAACCACCAUGAGUUUGUGUCACUGGUGAAGGAUCUUGCACGACCUGGUGAGCUUUCACAGUCUCAGAGCUUUGACUUUGAGUUCACCCAUGUGGAAAAGCCCUAUGAAUCCUACACUGGCCAGAAUGUCAAACUAAGAUACUUUCUGCGAGCGACAAUCAGCAGAAGACUCAAUGAUAUCAGUAAAGAGAUGGAUAUUGUAGUGCAGACGCUGUGCUCAUACUCUGAGCUCAACUCAUCCAUCAAGAUGGAAGUUGGAAUUGAAGAUUGUCUCCAUAUUGAGUUUGAAUACAACAAAUCCAAGUACCAUCUGAGGGAUGUUAUCGUAGGGAAGAUUUACUUCCUUCUAGUAAGGAUAAAGAUUAAGCACAUGGAAAUCGACAUAAUAAAACGGGAAACAACUGGAACAGGACCCAGUGUGUACCACGAAAAUGACACCAUCGCCAAAUAUGAGAUCAUGGAUGGGGCACCAGUGAGAGGCGAGUCAAUCCCCAUCCGCUUAUUUCUCGCUGGAUAUGAGUUGACCCCCACCAUGAGGGACGUCAACAAGAAGUUCUCUGUGCGUUACUACCUGAACCUAGUGCUUAUAGAUGAAGAAGAGCGACGAUACUUCAAACAACAGGAGAUCACACUCUGGAGGAAAGGAGAUAUUGUGAGGAGAAGUAUGUCCCAACAGGCCACCAUAGCUUCCCAGAGGUUCGAAGGAUCACACACUGAAACUGCAUCAGCACAAGCCAAAGAGGAGAAUAACUAAACAUAAGGCGACGUACGUUCCCUCAUCAGUUUAAACGAACCUUGUUGCGUCUAAAUAAUGUUUUAUAAGUCUUGAAGGAAUUAAUGUGACGGGUGACGUUUUGCCGAGAACAAAAAUGAGAAUCAAGCUUGUAAAAAGCAGUCCAACUACUUAAAUGUGUAUAGAUUAGAAGAUUAUUUUUUUAUUUCUCUUUCCGAUACUGCGUAGCUUUUCGUUACACAAUAGUGACCAAAAGUUUUAAAAUGCCAGGAUUGAUCUUUUCAUGUGUUGGCCAAUGUUUUCAUUCUGUUCUAUUCUGACUUGUGAGCCUCAAUACAUUCCUCUUGUUAUGCUCAACUUUGCUCAAGUCCAGUGCACUGAAAAGUCAGAAUCUAGCUUCUAUACUUUGUGCUGUUAAUCGAGCCCAAAAUGAGAUUUACUGUGAUCUUUUGUGUUAUAAAUCUAGCGCUUCAUGUACUUCUGCACAGUAUUAUUCUGUCAGUUAGAACCAUUACAAAUGAAAACCUCCAUAGAAAUGUACAAGGGAACAUCUUGUCAACUAACUUUUACAAGGCAAUGCCUUUUACAUGAAUAUUUUUACUGUUGAAAAAUCUUUUUUUGAUUUUCUGUCAUCUUAAGUGUUUAUUUCCUAUUAAAAUGAAUCAAUUAUCAUCACGUCGGCAGCACAGUUCCAGUAUUCCCAAACGUGCAUUUAAAUGCUGUGUUAGGGAAAAUCUUUUAUGUGAUUGUUUGCAACCCAUUUUUAAAGUGACUUUUCUAUUCUUACAUGUGCAUGUUAUUGUAUUACUAAAUAUUUGUUUAAUCGUACAAAAAAAACCUUCUGCAAAAUGCACAUUUAAU